GACUCUCCAGGACAAUCCGCUGCACAGCUGCGAUCCCGGAUCAAAAGGCCCGCAGGCGCAGUCUGGACUGCGGAUAUUGCUGCGAGGUCUGCAGUACCCGUUCCAGAGCUCUGAGAGUCGGCACCAUCGGCUGCAGGCCCAGUACAGCGCACCACCGGCACUUCGGGCUUAACUGUCACAGACAUACAUAGUUGCCUUGCGCUUGCUCAUAAGGAUCGCCCACCAUGUCGACCUUUUUUGCCAAGCAGCAGCAGGUCGCCGCACUGGAUCCGCGCUUGGGUGGCCUGAUGGCCAGCGCUGGCCUGUACAACCUCAAGGCACUCAUCAAGGCCAUUCGGGCGUGCAAGACAUUGGCCGACGAGCGCAACCUUAUCCAGAAGGAGUCCGCAUCUAUCCGGACGGCAUUCAAGGACGAGGAUCCGCUUGCGCGGCACAAUAACAUCGCCAAGCUGCUCUAUAUUCAUAUGCUUGGCUACCCGGCCCACUUUGGGCAGAUCGAGUGCCUCAAGCUUGUCGCCACGCCGCGCUUCACCGACAAGAGGCUCGGGUAUCUGGGGAUCAUGCUGCUGCUCGAUGAGAACACCGAGGUGCUUACGCUCGUCACGAAUGGUCUCAAAAACGACAUGAACCACUCUAACAUGUACAUCGUCGGGCUGGCGCUCUGCACAUUCGGAAAUAUUGCGUCGGAGGAAAUGUCGCGAGAUCUCUGCAACGAGGUAGAGAAGCUCAUGGGAAGCAGUAAUACCUACAUCCGUCGAAAAGCUGCUCUCUGCGCUAUGCGCAUCGUCCGAAAGGUACCCGACCUCCUCGACCACUUUCAAGAACGCACACGCUCCCUCCUUUCGGACAAGAAUCAUGGCGUUCUGCUCUGUGCGGUCACUCUCGCCAUCGAGAUCGUCCAUGUAGAUCCAUCGGAGGAGACGCUGGACGCGUUCCGCAAAUGCGUACCACUGCUCGUCAGGCACCUCAAGGCACUUGUGACGACAGGUUAUUCACCAGAACACGACGUCAGCGGUAUCACAGACCCGUUUCUGCAGGUUAAGAUUUUGCGGCUCUUGCGCAUCUUGGGUAAAGGCCAUCAGGCGGUGAGCGAGAGUAUGAACGACAUUCUAGCGCAGGUCGCAACGAAUACAGAGGCGAGCAAGAACGUGGGCAAUGCGAUCCUCUACGAGACGGUCCUCACCAUUCUUGAUAUUGAAGCGGAGAACGGGCUGCGCGUCAUGGCCAUCAACAUCCUGGGCAAAUUUUUGGGCAAUCGCGACAACAAUAUUCGUUAUGUUGCGCUCAACACGCUCAACAAGGUCGUUUCGCUGGACACGAACGCCGUGCAACGUCACCGCAAUAUCAUCCUCGACUGCCUGCGCGAUGGCGACAUUUCCAUCCGUCGACGAGCGCUCGAGUUGUCCUACGCUCUCAUCAACGAGUCCAAUGUCCGCGUCCUCACGCGCGAGCUUCUAUCCUUUUUGCAGGUAGCGGACAACGAGUUCAAGCUAGGGAUGACGACGCAUAUUUGCCUUGCUGCGGAAAAGUAUGCUCCCAACAAGAGGUGGCACAUCGACACUGUCCUGCGUGUGCUCAAGCUGGCAGGCAACUACGUGCGCGAAGACGUGCUCAGCAGCUUCAUUCGACUUGUGUGCCAUACGCCAGAACUUCAAGCAUACACUGUCCAGAAGCUCUUCUCCGCCGUGCACGCGGACUUUUCGCAAGAGUCACUGACGCUCGCUGCCGUCUGGGUAAUUGGAGAGUUUGGCGAGGUGCUGCUUCAAGGCGGUAACUUUGAAGACGAGGAGCUCGUGCGGGAAGUCAAGCCAAAGGACAUUGUGGACCUGCUCGAUGCACUUCUCAACUCGCCAUAUAUCAAUAGCCACAUCCGCCAGUACAUCCUCACUGCCCUCGCCAAGCUCACCAGCCGGAUAGGCAGCAGCGAUGCGCCGCAGAUCCAGCGCGUGCAGCAGAUCCUCCGGUCUUUCGACUCGACCGUCGAGGUCGAGAUCCAGCAGCGUUCUGUUGAGUACAGCGCGCUGCUCCGGCGGCCGGACAUCAGCGAAGGUGUGCUCGAGAGUAUGCCUUUGCCCGAAGUCAAAGCGACUAUCGUGGGCACUGUCAACGAGAACAAGUCGGUCGGUUCGACAAAGGUGGACAAGAACGACCUCCUCGACCUGAUGGGCGGCGACGACCUCGUGGCUGACGGAAGUGUAGCGGCAGGGGCAGCGGUAGGUACUAGGAAUGGUGUCAGCACAGCGCCCGGGGCAGGUUCUUCGCAGCAAAGCACGCAGGAUCUCCUCGCCGAUAUCUUUGGCGGGGGUGGCCUUGUGGAUGCUGCCGCUUCGAAUGCAGCUGCCGCUGCACCACCCAAGGCGAGCGUCGAUGAUAUCAUGGGCCUGUUCGGCCACAGCGGAGCUUUGCCGUCUGCAUCUUCCGCCGCGCCGAAGCCUGUUCCGGCUCAAUCAGCCAACUCAGACCUAGGCGGCCUGGAUCUGUUAGGAGGGGUGGGUAUUUCGUCUUCUUCGCAGACAGAAGCACCAGCACCAGCGCUUGCGGGUUCAAGUUCUGUUGUUGCCUACAGCGCUUACGACCAGAAGGGCCUCAACAUCACGCUCACACCGCAAGUAAGCCCCAUGCGACCUGAUGUCGUUAACAUCCUGGCCAACUUCAAAGUGACUGGAAGCCAGCAGAUAUCCGACAUCAAGUUUCAGGCCGCCGUUCCGAAGAGUCAAAGGCUACAAAUGCUGGCCAUCUCAAGCCAAGCCCUUGCACCGGGUGAGGCUGCGACACAACAGAUGCGCGUGAUGGCGCCUCGGGGAGCGCAGGUGCGUCUGCGAUUGCGGGUCGGCUUCAAUGCAAACGGUGAAGAGGUGCAAGACCAAGUAGACUUUUCAGGCUUUCCCGUAAACCUGCUUGGAUGAUUUGUACCUGGCGCAAGAUAUCCCAUUUACUAUAUUAGACACGGCGGAUUAAAGUUUGAUUGUAGUUUUACAAUCCUUGCAGACGUAGUUCUACAGGUAUGCGUGCAAUGCGUAUUAACGAG